UGGAAACUGAUAAAUAAACUGAUAACCAUCACAUAUAAGUAUUUCUUUCAGUAAAUUUAAAUACAAAAUUGCAGUGUAACAUCUAAUAUGUUAAAAUUCUUGUUCAUCCUUGCAAUAACUCUAACUUAUUGUUUUGGUGCACAUCUCCCGCUUAUAUCUGGUCUGAAAUCAAACGUUGAACUGUUGAAAGAACAUGAAGAAUACUUUGGAGAAAAAGCCGAUGAUGUCAGUAUCGGAACUGAUUCCAGUAGUCGAAGCGCUGAUGAAGAAACAACUCUGGAAAAUGAAGACGUUAUUGGAGAUCAGACGGAUUUUGAUAACGAAAAUGAUAUUUCAACAAGAUAUUGUCCAAAUGAAGACUCCAUAAAUAUGCUACGCGAAAUUGUUCAGAAACUGAAGGUCAUCGACGUGAAGGAUUUCAAAGAUAAUCAUAAAUUACAUAUGAUUUUAGAGAUGUUGCAAGAGAAAACCUGGCUAGACCAAGCAAGUGAAGUUAUGCCUAUUAUGGUUUCAAUUUUAGCUCAAUAACAAUUUCUUAAAUAGGACAACACUCUUUUUAUCUAGAACAGUUAAUCAAGGAUGUAUCAAACAAACCACACAGAAUUUAAUAAAGCUGCAAACAACAUCA